GCAUGUAAUGGAAAUUCAAUUUUGGUAUGACCGUUGGAUACCACGGAUUCUCAAGAUGUUACGUCGUGCACACGUCCGUUGACUGCCUGGUGACCGGGAAGGCAGGCGGUUGUGGCGGUGAAGCACGAGGCGGAGCCGACCACUAUGGGUGUUGAUGACAUGGAUCCGGGCUUGCGGCAGCUCUACCUGCAGAAGCCCUACGUCAAAACGACGAAGAAAGCAUCGUUGCUGGCAACGAUCUUCGAGGAGCCCGUGCAGAAAACCAAGUCUAAGGAGCCACAACUGAUGGCAGCUCGCGGUUUCAAGAGGUACCUCGACUUCGAGUCUCAGAGUGAGUUCGCGAAGCGUCGCAGGAAACGUGAGCAGAAAGCCAUGACGCACCAAAUGCAGAAACAACGGGAACAGAUGGCUCAAGCGGAACCUGAGACUCAGGUGAAUAAUUGUGGGCGGCCGAAGAGACGCGCAGCUUCGAUCUCCGAGGCAGCAACAAAAGUGAUGACAUUCUUCGACUCCCCACCAAAGCCAAUCAGCAGGGAGGCUUUCGAGCUGAGUUUCGCGUCGGUUUCCAGCAAAAAAAAUUCGGCGACCAAAGACAACAUCACGAAUGAUGACUCCCUCGCUUUCACCAGCAGCAGUGGUAAUGCUGGAAAAGAUAAAAUCCUCAAGUCAAGAAGACGCAUCGCGAAACCCUCUCGAAUCUCCAGAGAGGUUCGAGAUGUCGUGGCCGAGAUCGUCGAGGUUGCCGCCGUCGUCGACGACCUCGUGGUUGUCGCUUCGGGCAGCAGCUGGUACACCGGAGUCGAGAAAUUCGACGACCGAGGUCACUCAAAUCUUUCCGACAAAGGCGUCGACGACAACGGUCAAGCCGUUCAUUAAACUGUGAUGGGUGUCGAACUGCAUGUUUGGAAAAUCCGAGCCCAGUAGAAGUCGCGUGAUGAAAGAACAAACUGCCUCGUUCGAGCUCGAUUCUGUUGUCUACGAUCAGAUGUUCCCACGAUCAGGGUCAAUCGUUUCCCAUCACUGGCAUUUUUCGGAACCAUCCAAUAAGCUGAGAAGCAAUGUAUACUCCGUAUUUGUACAGUUAAGCUGUCUGGGGCCCUCGUGUGUAAAAUGAAGUAUUUUUGUAUAUUGUGCUUGCUCUGCUUCUCGAGUCAAGACUUCAUCCGAAAGCAGAGAUGUCUUCCCAGGCUAAGAAACAUGAGCGG